AUGUAAAUACAAAAUCAAAUUGGAGAAGGGCUGUUCGGUCACAUUCACAAAUGUCUAACUGACGAUGAGAACACUUAUGCAAUUAAAAUUUAUAAGGCAGAGUGUCCCAGAAAGCUAAGGGAGAAAGAGAUAAAGAUUCUGCAAUCCAUCAGUCAUCCUAAUAUUCAGAAAAUUGUGAAGUCAGAUGGCGAGUACAAAUGGUUUAUUACAGAACUCAUGAAUUAAGAUCUUUAUUCGGUAAUCUCAAAACGUGGCACUCUCUAAAAGGGCACCAUAAAAUAAAUUCUAUUAUAACUGAGUAAUGCAUUAUCUUACUUACACUAACUUGACUAUGUUCAUAGAGACAUCAAAUUGGAGAAUGUAAUGAUGACUUAAGAACCUCUUGUAAAAUUGAUCGACUUUGGUCUCUCUGUCUAUCUUGACUCUAAUAAGCAAUAUUCAAGACAUUGCGGAACCUCCACUUAUAUGGCACCUGAGUUACAUUAGGAAGACAAACUAAUUAUAGGAGAAAUUCUGAAGAAAUCUGACGUGUUUGCACUAGGGGUAUUAAUUUUCACACUUUGCUAUGGUUGUCCUCCCUUCACCAUUGCAAAAUCAACUGAGUGCAAAUUCUGGCAAACCAUUGAACAGAAAAAAUGGUAAGCCUUCUGGAAUUACUUUGACAAAAAAAUCAUCAGAUCAGAUGAACAUUUCAGGGAUUUGAUCCAAAAUAUGUUAGAACCUGAUCACAAAUCUAGAUUCACUAUAGAAUAAGUGAAGUAGCAUCAAUGGUUGAGUGACUAAGGAAACUUAAAUUGA